AUGGCAUCGCAACGACCCGAGAGCCCUGAACUCGGGACACUCGAGCGGCCAUUUGUGAAAUGGUGCGACUGGUGCGACGCCAUGCGCCGCUACAAAGAAAACGGUGGAAUGACCCGCUACCCACGGCACUCAAUUCCGCGCAUACGGAAAUUUCUCGUAACGAAAAUCGCGCAGGACAUCGAGUCCCAACAUCCGCAGCACCAGCCAGCGCAGCAGCAAGACGACGACGGGAACGGGAACGACUCGGGAGGUGACGCGGGCGACCUCGUGGACGCGUCGUUGCCAUGUAUCUAUGUGCCGUGGCGCGAGGAGGCGGGCCUGGAUGAGCUUGUUAGCGUGGCGGGAGCGCUAGAGGUGAAGACGUUUGAUAUUCACCAUGGUGACGAAACGGCCGCCCGGGACCGGCUGGAUGUUUACGGGGUAAGAGAAGAAUUCAUGGCGGCUAUUAGCGGUGGAAGGGCUGGCGGGGCAGGGGAGGAUGAUGGUACUGCUUUGGAUCGAAUGGCGAGGCGAGUCGCGGAGGAUACCAGAUUAAUGCGAACGGGGGAGUGGCUCGACUUGCCACCGUCGGAAAGGCGGUAUCCCCCUGAAAUAAGGGCCGACAAGGCCCGCCUUGCACGCACUGAUAUGAUAACCCGGGCGGUUGCUCAUCAACGGGCAAAGAUGGCUGCAGCGCGGGCCGCUGGCCGCAAAGAGUUUCAGUGGGGGGACUCCUACCGUAGCAACAUGAAAUUCUACAGGCAGAUGGUAAUCGUACUCGGGCAGGUGCCGAAGGAUGAAGAUGAACAGGCUUGGGAAACGGUGGUGUUUUAUUUCGUGUGGUUUGAUCUAAGGCCGAAUGGGGGGCUUGAAGACGAUGAUGAGAUUCUGGAAGUCACGGUUGACCCGAUUAUUGGCAGCUAUGCUAUCCUUUCCACGGGGAUCGUGGUGAGCCUUGGUCCCUUGAUGAUUAACUCCUUUGGAGUUGAGGGCAAGAUCAAGUUGAAGGAUAUGAAGAAGGUAACGUGA